ACAAACUGAGCAUAUCUGACCAGACCUGAGGGUGAAGCUGGACUCCAGCUCAGUGUCCAUCACUUUAUUUGCUUUAAACACUGAAUAAGAUUCUGAGUGCUUUAUUCUGCAGAUUUUCCCAAAAAUCAACGAUGGAAAAGAAGUUCUUUCUGUGUGUUCUGCUGUUUUGGGCGGUCCCUGACGUCCAGCCGGCGAGUGAUGUGUGGGCCAUAGAUGUGCCGUCAACCAUCCCUGCUGUUCAGGGCGAGUGUGUGCUCAUCCCCUGCUGGUACACUUACCCCACAACAAAGAUAGUCCUGAACAGAUGGAUGGGAUUCUGGAAGAGAGGGAAUACCAUCGUCUCAACCAAUCUCAAAAAGUGGAAACUGGCCAAGGAGUUCAACAAGCGAACCGAGUUUGUGGGAGCGCUUCAGGUCGGUAACUGCUCCAUGCUGCUGCACAGCGUCAGAACCACCGACGUUGGGCCUUUUUACCUCCAGGUUCGGAUCCCGCAGUUCAAAUCCUUCACCUUCACGGAAAAUAAAGUGUCCAUCGACGUCAUACGCCAGCCUGAGCCUCCAGCCAUGUCGUUCCAGAUCCUCGACACAGUGAGAGCCUACUGCUCCGUUUUACACUCCUGCCCAUCCGCGCCCCCUCGUUUCUCCUGGAGUCAGGCCGGCGUCACGGCCACAUGGUCCAAACAGAUCAACCUCUGGAUGUGGAAGACCGAGUCAGUCCUUGAGUUUGUGCCUGAUUCCUUAGACUUCAACCCCGUCCUGAACUGCUCCGUGGUGUACAGAGGAGGGAAAACGGCAAAGAGCUCCGUGGUUCUCAUCAAGUGAGGAGAAUUGUGUUUCUCUGUGCAUCUUUUACCGAAUCUGUCAUUGUCUUUCGUCCAGACCUUUCCAAUGGGAGAAAACAGAUCCAUGUGUUAACUCUGUUGGAUAAAAGCCAAAUCUUGAGAGGAAAACUGUUUUAGGAAUCAAGCGACAUCUGAGAAAACAAGAUUCAGACCAAAAAUUAAGCGUUUUUUAAUUUUUUUUUUUGCAUUAUUCGAUUGAAAAAUGUGAUUAGUUACUGUUGUGCUGAUGAGUCAGUUUUUUAACAGAAACAUUUCUGUAAAUGGUUUGUUAACAAAGUAACUGGACUUUGGAAUAAAUGAUAAAAAUGUAUUAGGCUGUAUUAAAGUGUGUGGCAUUAGCAAAAACCAAUCAAA